AUGCGGGACGCCGAGGCCAGGGCGGUCGCCGCGGAGGAGGCCGGCGAGGAGGCGAUUGAGGCUGCGAAUACGAUCAUCGAUGCCCAGCGCGCCAAGAUCAAGCGGCUGAGGGCGGAGCGGGACAUGGCGCGCGACAUCGUUGCCAGGGCAGCUGACCACGUCCGGGGGCUACAGGCGACGCAGGAGCGGCGGAUGUACUACGACACGCCGCGGAUCGUGCCGCGCCCCGGACAGCCGCCGCCGCUGCCACAGGAGCAGCAGCAGCAGCAGCAGCAGCAGCCGGGUUGCGUGUCUCAGCCGCCGCCGGCAUCCUUGAAGGCGUCGAAGCCGGCGGCGGGGGAUGUCCUGACACUGCAUUCAUUGGUGUCGCUGCUGCAGGGCCUGAGGCUGCUGCUGUGGUGGCCGGGGGACGAGGUGUGGUACAGGAUGCGCGUGGGGGACGUUGCAGCAGAGGGGGGACUCACGACCGUGCGCUACGAGACAGGGGAGCAGGAGGAGCAGAAGGAGAGGCUCAUCCUCCUGAGCCUUAUUGAAGCUGGGCAGGUGGCGUGGGACCGCGCGCAGCUCUAG